AGAAAAAAAAGGAUAAAAAUGGUGGAAAUUAUUUCACCAGGAUUUAGAUUUUAUCCAACAGAAGAAGAAUUAAUAUCUUUUUAUUUACAUAAAAAGCUUGAAGGAAAAAGGCCAGAGCUUGAUAGAGUAAUUCCAGUUGUUACUAUUUAUGAUUUUGAUCCAUGGCAUCUUCCAAAAUUUCAUGGGGAAUUGUGCAUGGGAGAUACAGAACAAUGGUUUUUCUUUGUGCCAAGACAAGAAAGAGAAGCUAGAGGAGGAAGACCAUGUAGAACAACAAAUUGUGGUUAUUGGAAAGCAACUGGUUCACCAAGUUAUGUUUAUUCAUCAAAUAGCAAAGUUAUUGGAGUUAAAAAAAGUAUGGUAUUUUAUAAAGGAAAAGCACCUACUGGUAAAAAAACUAAGUGGAAAAUGAAUGAAUAUAGAGCUAUUGAAGAAGAAGUUAAUUCAACUAUUUCUAUUCCUAAGUUAAGGCACGAAAUGAGUUUAUGUCGAAUUUACGUCAUAUCGGGAAGUUUUCGAGCGUUCGAUCGGAGACCAAUUGCACCAACAAUAACAAGGGAACCAUCAAAAUCAACUAUAAAUCAAGGUGGAAUUUCUAUGGAAAAUGUCACUAAAAUGGAGGCAAUAAGUUCCCCUGAUGAAAGCUUAGCUAUGGAAGAACAAGAUUAUGUUAAUCUUCAUCAUAAUGAUCAAAUCCCUAUUAUUAAUCAAGAAAUUAACAUCAACUCACACAACAACAAGAGGGUUAAAAGUAAUCUUCAUGAUGAGACUCUAAUUAGUGGUUGGGAACCAUUUAACUGGAUGUAAACUCGAUAUCUGCUCUGGGACCUGACUAAGUUGAUUUAUGUUCGUAUAAAGUUCAUUAUAAAAAGAAUCACUCAAUACUAGGAUUUUUUCAGAAAUUAAACCCGAAACAACAGAGUAGAGAAAUUUUAUCUGUCCGCUAUAACUAUUGAUAGUAAAAUUAGUUUGUAUUUCAUCUUAGAAGGGUUAAGAUAGGAAAAAAGAGAGGAAAUAUUAGGAUGAUUUCAUUGUGAAAUCAAACAUGUGAUUGUACUAAAUAUUUUGAUAAUAAUAUUUUAUUAUAAUAUUUAUAUCUUCUAUAGAACUAA